AUGGCUGCAUACGGAAUCGUUUCCUCGCUCCCAGGAUAUAACGUUAAGAAUGUCCAAAAUCGUUAUGACAAGCAGCGAAUGUCUACUUGGUUUUGGAAACACAGUUGCAGUCGAUUAAAGACCAAUACUGGUAUCAGAGGUUGUGUUAAUCGUCGAGAUGUUGGAUUUGGAAUUCCGACAAUUGUACACGAAUCCGUACAACAGGCUAGACAAGGUGUCAACGUGGCAGCUAUCAUUCCUACUAGGGGUUCACUAGAUAACCUAGGUUUGUUUUGUGCCCCAGUUUGUUUGACGCAAGGAAUGCAGGAGAAGGCCGUGUAUCUGAUCUAG